AUGUCGCCGGCAGCGAAACCUCCGGCGCUGUCACCCGAAGAGAUCGCAGAGAUCCAGCAGACCGAGCUAGAGGCGCUCCACUCGAUCCUCGAAGACGACUUCCAGAAGGUCGAGCACAAGGCUUGGAAGGGCGCCCUCACCUCGCAGCUCCACGAGUUUGAGAUCACGCUCCGACCCGACGAGGAGAGGCUCAAGCCCCUCGUCGCCGCCGUCGUCAACUUCAAGCUCCCCAAGAACUAUCCGCUCAACGCUCCUACCGUAGCCCUCAAGCCCAAUGACGGCCGCAACAAGGGCCUCUCGGCGCAGCACAUCCGGGACCUCAACAAUGAGAUCAAUGCAAAGGCGCGCGAGCUGGUCGGCGCGGAGAUGAUCUGGGAGCUCGUCUAUCACGGCCAGGACUACAUCAGCCAGAACAAUCUCGCCCCGAAAGAGGUCAAGCAUGGCGUCCCCUCGGUUAGCCUCGAGGAAGAGAAGCGGCAGAGGGCCCUGGAAGAGGAGCUCAAGGAGAAGCAGCGCCGCGACGAGGAGAAGAAGAAGAAGCGCGAGGCUGAGACCGCCAAGACCAACAAGCUGGCAGAGCUCAUUGAACAGGAGGCCAACAAAAAGGCCAUGGUUCUCAAGCUCGAGCGGCAGCGGCAGCGCACGCUCACCUCUUCAUCCUCGAUCGACUCGCCCCAUGCCACGAGCACGACGCCCAAGCUCGACAGCCCCGUCCCGAACGAGUGGCUCGGCGGGUCGUCGUCUUCGCAGCGGAUCGAGACGUUCCUUGAGCCCUUUGAGGAUCACGGACGCGUCAUUUCCGUGCUCCGGCUCGGUCCCGUGCUGGAGCGGACGGAGCUGAGCGUGCGCCAUCUCGCCGAGGCGGCCCACGACGACCCCGCAGAUACGACGCUGGCCCGAUCGUGGGUCCUCGAGCAUUUCUUCAUCUCUUCGCUCCACUAUGCCUAUUCUGCCGGCAAGCGCAAGAUCGAAGAGGUCGAGUGGGAGCUUGACAAGCUCGUCAAGGUGCGCGAGCCCCACCUCGUCAAUGUGCUGGCCUCGGCCGUCACGCGCAUGGGCGACAAUCAGGGCUGGAAGCUCAGCGUCGUCCUCGAGAGGAGCACCGGCGUGCCCCUGCGCUCGCUGCUCGAGCAGUGCGAGGUGCUGCCCUGGAAGCGGGUUCGCACCUACCUCGCCAGCCUGCUCGAGGCGCUCGAGGCGCUCCAUAGCCGCAACCUGCUCCACAGAGGCGUCUGCCUUGACUGCAUCUACAUCGACGGCAACGGCGCCGCCGCGACCGAGUUCAAGUCCGCCGUGCGGAUCAAGGACGCCUGCUAUGUCCGGCGCCUCCGCGAUAUGCACCGAUCCAACCCGCUCAAUGACAACGUCGGUCCGCUGGUCGAGGAGGAACGACCACAGGCGUGGAAGGCCCCCGAAUCGGUCGAGCAGCCGCUCAGCUAUACGCGCAAGCGCGACCUGUGGGACCUCGGUGUCUGCGCGUGCCAGAUGCUCUUCGGCAUCGACUGCACGGUCGAGCACGAGGCGCCCGAGCAUUUGCUGAGGACGGCAGACGAGCUGCCACCUCACGUCAGGGCCUUCCUGAUGUUGAUGCUGGAACGAUCGCCCAAGAAGCGGCCGACGACCGCGGCUCUGGCCACUCGGCUCGAAGAAAUAAUCCUAUUCGAGGACCAGGAGUGGUCGCAGGAGUCCAACACGCGCAUGCCGACCGGCAACGGAGCUGCCGGAGCGAAAGGCGUGCUGGCUCGGCGUCGAGGCAACUCUCUGGUCGCCCCGGCCACCCCGGCCGCGGCGCAGCUCGGCACAUCGCCUCCGCGAGACCAGAGUCGACCGGGUUCGUUCUGGCCCUUGAGACAGAUUGGCCGGCAAGGUCCUGCGACGGGGGGCGGCGGCGCCUCUCGCUACCUCUCCGACUUCGAGGAGGUCGAGUUCCUAGGCAAGGGUGCCUUUGGCAGCGUCGUCAAGGCGAGGAACCGACUCGACGGCAGGUUUUACGCCGUCAAGAAGAUCAAGCUCUCCAGCUCCCCCGACGAAGACGAGCGCACGCUGCGGGAGAUCACGGCGCUAAGCCGCCUCGACCACCCGCACGUGGUGCGCUACACGACCUGCUGGAUUGAGGAGACGCAGACGCCCCUGACCGGCCUGCACGGCAGCGACACGGACGGCCUGACGGCAAGCAGGACGCUAGAGACGAACACGACCAGCGCCACUGGCCCGUCCGGCCCAAGCCUCGCUUCGGUCAAGGAGACCAGGCCCGCCAAGCGGCUUGUCCGCGACGAAUCCUUCCGGGCCACGCCCAACUUUGACUCCGACUACUUCAACAGCAGCCGCCACGAUGACGACCCCUUCAGCCAGAGCAGUAGCUUCGCCGACAUCCGCUUCGCCAACGACGACUCGUCCGACGAGGGCUCGUCGGCACCGGGUCCUUCCGCGCGCUCGCGAUCCAGGCCCAGGAACAUCGCCUCCAAGCCGGGCUCCGGCGAUCACAGCGAAAGCACAGACAGCACUGACAGCGACGGGAAUGACGGCAGCGACGACAGCUCGUCCGACAGCGACAGCGACUCUGGCAGCGACGACGACGAUGAAGAGGAUGAGGACGACUUCAGCCGCAUUCCCACGUCGUCGCGCAGGGGCUCCAAGCAGGGUCCACGGCUGUCCAGCCUAGCAAUGAGCAAGGCCGAUGCCGAUUUUGUCCCGGUGCAGAGGGUCCUCUACAUCCAGAUGGAGUUCGUUGAGAACCGCACGCUGCGCGAGGCCAUCGACCGCGGCCUCUCGGAGGACGAGGCGUGGAGAAUCCUGCGGCAGAUGGUCGAGGCGCUCGCACACAUCAGCAGCCUGGGCAUCAUUCACCGAGACCUCAAGCCAUCCAACGUCCUGAUGUACGCCAACGGCGAUGUCAAGAUCGGCGAUUUCGGCCUGGCCACCAACGCCGUCCAGAUCGCCGAGGGCGGGGGCGCCGCCGGUCCCUCUGGCACGGCGGAUCUGGCCGAGAGCACCGACCUCACUGGCGACCUCGGCACCUACCUCUACACGGCGCCGGAGCUGCGCGCCAAGAAGGGGGCGCGCUACAACUUCAAGGUCGACAUCUAUUCGCUCGGCAUCAUCUUCUUCGAGAUGCUGGCCAGCCAGGCUGUCUACCGCACCGGAAUGGAGCGGAUCCUGCUGAUCCGCGAGCUGCGCAACCCGACGGUCUCGUUCCCCGCGGCCUGGCCCCGCGCAAAGCUCGACAAGCAGACUGCGCUGAUCAAGCAGAUGCUCGACCACAACCCGGACCGCCGGCCGUCGCCGCUCGAGAUCCUCCGGAGCGACCUGCUGCCGCCCAAAAUGGAGGACGAGUACAUCGAGGAGUGCCUGAGGCUGAUGGCCAACCCCUCGAGCGCCUACAACCACCAGCUGAUGGACGCGCUCUUCGGCAGGACGGCGACCGACGUUGUCCGCGACUUUACCUUUGACACCGGAUCCCAGACGGACCAGGACAACGCGCUCGUCGGCGUCGUCUGCGACCUGAUCCGCAGCGUCUGCCGCAAGCACGGCGCCGUCGAGUUCGCCGCGCCGCUGCUGGUGCCGCCCAACGGUCUCUACAAUGCCAACGAAAAGGUCGUGCAGGUGCUCGACAAGACGGGCAAGGUGGUGCAGCUGCCGUACGACCUGACGGUUCCGUUUGCGCGCAUCUUUUCUCGCAGCGACAACCAGCGCUUCAAGCGGUACGAGAUCGGCAGCGUCUACCGAGAGAAUGUCGUGGCGGGCGGCCAGCCGCGCGCCGUGCUGGCGGCCUCGUUUGACAUUGUUUCGCCAGAGCGGUCGGCGGCAGCUGAGGCUGAGGCCUUGGCGGUGGUCGACGAGAUGCUCAGCGAGAUUCCUGGCGUAGCCUCCGAGUCGUGGGACAUCCACAUCAACCACGAAGGCAUCCUCUCGCUGAUCCUCGACCGCGUACCGAACAAGCAUCGCGAGGCGGUUCUUGGCAUCGUCGCGCUUCUUGCAGGCAGCAAGAGCGUCAACAAUGCCCGGACCCAGCUGCUGCAGCUCGGGCUGCCCCGCUCCACGAUUGAGGAGCUCGAGGCCUUUAACCUGCAGGACGAGCUCAAGACCGUCCACGGACGCCUCGAGCGCCUCUUCCCGACCGAGCAUCGGUCCCGCGUAUCGAAGGCCGUCGCCGAGAUUGCAGGGGUGGCCGCCACGGCGCAGCACUUCGGCGUGCAGAGGCGCUUCCUCUUCACUCCGCUGCUCGCCCAGUCGAGCAAUCUCUACCGCGGCGGCGUUUUCUUCACCGUGGUGCGCGCCGGCAAACGGCGAGACGUGGUGGCGGCGGGGGGGCGCUACGAUGCUCUGCUAAAGAGGUUCUCGACGCCAUCCUCGUCUUCGUCCGCCUCGCUCCACGGCGUCGGUGUCCAGAUCGCCGUGGGCAAGCUCACUCUGGGCCUUGCAAAGUACCAGGAGGUACACGUGCCGCGCCUGCUCAGCCGGGCCGAGGAGGAGAGGAGCUUCGGCUUCAUGACGCCCCGGCGCUGCGACGUUUACGUCGCCUCGGCCCCGGGCCUGCUGCACACGCGGAUGGAGAUCUGCCGCGAGCUCUGGGCGCACAACAUCGCCGCCGAUCUGCAGUACGAGCAUGCGACCUACGACACGCCUGAGGCCGCCGCCGCCACCUGCCGUUCCGAGGGCAUCCUCCUGCUCGUGUUUGCCAAGGCGCGCUCGCCUGUGCUCAAGGUCAAGAUGGUGCUGCAGCGGGCCGAGUUCGAGGUGUCGAGGCACGAGCUGGUCACCUUUGUGCAGGACAAGAUCGCCAGGCAGCGGAGCGUCGAUGCGCAGGUGGCCGGCUCUGGCUGGAUCACCUCGGCCAGCACGCGCUUCCAGCAGUCGUACGGCGACACGGGCAUCGCUCGCGUCGCGGGAGCCGCUUCGAGCACCGCCGGCGGCGCGUCCUCCUUUGUGCACGGCCAUGGCCAUCACCACCACGCUUCCCGCGGCCUUGCCGGCAAUGAUGUGCUGCCAUCUAUGGCCAUCGCCAUCAAGGAGCGCGAGAUGGUGCUGCCCGAGCGGCCGAUCGACCGGUCCAAGAAGGGCGACAAGAGCCAGCAGAACCGGCCGAAACCCUCGAGCCGACAGCUAGUGCUCGACAAGGCCUCGAGGCAGGUCAGCCGGUUCGCCGAGCAGCUUCAGGGCGGCCACGUUCCCGUACUUGCCGUCGACUUUUCCGGCCCAAGCUUCGACCGCCUCGCCGCGGCGCUGAUGGCCUGCCUGUCUAGCCACGCGGCCAGCGGCGGGUGUGGCGGCGGUGGCAGCGUUGGCGGCGGUGGAGCGUCGAUGGGCGCGGCGGCGGGGUCGAGGGGCGAUGACGACGGCACGCUGCUCUUCCGUGCGCUCCUCGAUGGUCUGUCGGCCGAGGAGAAGGAUUACGCUCGGCUCGUCAAGGCCAAGGCGGUCGAGUUUGCCUUUUCAGAUGCAUCGGGCGGCGGCGUGCACGGGUGCGGGCGCGUCUUUCUCUACUCGCUGCGCGAGGACCGCACGGCGCUCGUGGGAUGCGGUCGGUGA